AUGCCGUUGCAAUACGACCCAGAGUUUGCUAAAGCCGCAGGUGCUGGCUUGGUAAGAUAUAUGGCAGCCCCAAAACCUGCUUUGCAUGAUAUCGAGGCGAGAAGAGCUAGGUUUAAGGGGGCCUUGAAAAAGGAUGCUCAAUAUCCAAUCCCAGACGGCAUUACGCGACUCAUCCACCACGUCACAACCUCUGACGGUCACCGAGUUGCCAUCUAUCAUUUUCGAAAGACAGAUCAGGAUGGGCUUGGCCAUCAUCCAGCAAUUGUCCACAUCCAUGGAGGAGGCUAUUUUAGCUUUAGCGCUACACACAGCACGGAAACAUUGAUCGAAUAUGUCUCGAAAAGUGGAGUUCAGAUGCUUUCCAUCGAGUAUCGUUUAGCUCCUGAGAACCCAUUUCCGAUCCCAUUGGAUGAUUGCUGGACGGCGUUAACCUGGAUACAUUCUCAUGCGGAGAGUCUGAAUAUUGAUCCCAACAGAAUUGCAGUCAUGGGCGAGAGUGCAGGAGGAGGCUUGGCUGCCAACUUGGUUCUCCGCGCCCGUGACAGGAGCCUAUCCCCGCCUUUGGCAAAGCAAUUCUUGAUCUACCCCAUGCUAGAUGACCGAACACAGUUGGACACUACUGAAGGACUCGCUUUUUUCACCGCGGAGGAUUGUAUCACUGGGUGGACUGCAUAUUUGGGAAAAGAAGUGGUAGGAGCGGAGGUCGUUCCUCCUUAUGCGGUGGCGGCUCGCAACGCCAACGUAGAGGGGCUACCAGAACUGUAUAUUGACUGCCCUCAAUUGGAUAUUCUUCUUCCGGAGAAUCUUGAGCAUGUUAAAAAAUAUGUGGAUGCAAAGAUUCCCACCGAAUUUCACCUCUAUAAAGGUGUUCCACACGGAUUCAUUAGUCUAGCACCUACUGCCUCUAUCUCGAAACGAGCAAUAGACAAUCGGGUUCUCGCAAUGUCAAACUUUUAA